AUGGGUGCGCCUUGGCCUGGCUUUAGAAUUCUAUGUCCGUUGAUCAACGCAGAAAGGAUCGCUACACCGACGACCGUAGAGGUCAUUGCAUUUCCUGCAAGGUCUUGCAACUCACGCUGUGUUUCACGUGUUAGUAGAAGUCGGUUGAGUGGCAAGCCUUGCAACGCCAAAGACUCGAGACCACAGAGAGGACCGCCUCUGGUCGAGAUAUAUGGGAUUCCGGCUGGAGUGAUGCACCCAACGAUUCCUGGCGCCCGGACAUCAAUCUCACGUUCGAUUCCCUGUGAGAGUUCGAUGCAUCUCCUAAUACAGUGCAUGUCGUAA